AUGACCAAAAUAGAGCAAGAGCUCUCCACCAACGAACGGGAGUUUGUUGUCAAAGCCAUUCAGUCUGGAAUUCGCACAGAUGGUCGCACUUCCAACACUAUUCGCAACAUCAAGAUCACUUUAGGACCGCAGCUGGGAUUUGCGCAGGUUCAACUUGGCAAAACAAGAAUCAUGUCCACUGUGUCGUGCGAGAUUGUUCGUCCCUCGUCAGGAAACCCAAGUGAUGGUGUAAUUCACUUCAACACGGAAUUUAGUCCCAUGGCUUCGCCAGCCUUUGAGGUAGACAGCACUAGUGAAAAUGAAAUUCUUAUUAGUAGAAUGCUUGAAAAGGCUUUAAGACGGGCACGUGUAGUUGAUACCGAAGGUUUAUGCAUUGUAGCUGGUGAAAAGGUUUGGGCAAUUCGAGUUGAUAUUCGUGUGUUGAAUCAUGAAGGAAAUAUCUUGGACUGUGCCUGUAUUGCUGCAAUGUGUUCGCUACUGCAUUUCAAACGACCAGACGUUACUGUUAUUGGAGAAGAUGUGACUAUUCAUACGUUGGAAGAAAAGAACCCAAUCGGUUUGAAUAUUCAUCACAUCCCAAUCUGUGUUACAUUUGCUUUUUUUCACCAAGGAGAGUAUCAGGUCAUUGACCCAUCGCUCCUUGAAGAGCAAGCACAGGACGGUGAUAUGACUAUUGUAGUAAACAUUCAUCGUGAGCUCUGCACACUUAGUAAAGCAGGAGGAACUCCAAUAUCUCCAGAACAAGUGAUUCAUUGUGCAAAUGUUGCGGCAAUCAAGUCUGCUGACAUAACCCAGCUGAUUAGACAGGCAAUCCUUGAGGUAUUGUAUUGA